UUGGGUACAAAAGAUUCAUGCUAGUUCAGUACUUUCGCUACACGCUACCGGACUGUGAUCGAGAGUGAUCUGUGUUUAGUGGAUUAAGUUAGUAAGAAAUGAAGCUGUUUCUUUUGUUGGGAUUCGUGUUGGCAGUGAAUUUGGUGGCCGGACAUCGACGGCAUGACCACAAUCAAGGCCACUUCCCUGGUGGAGGAUGGCAUCCGCCACACCAUCAAGGUCACCGUCAUCCGGAACGACAUCAUUGGCACUACCAUGUGCCAUUUUUGAACUUCGAAGUACAUGAACCUAAGGGUCUGGAAGUGUCCAUGGUUCAACGGGACUUGACCAUCUCUUUCUUCGGCAUUGAAGUGUUCGUCAAUAGAGAUCCUAGAAGUCCGGGUGCAACCUGCGAUAUUUGCCAGAAUACUACCGAUGUAACUUACGGCAAGUUCAUAGUGGAAGACGACCAAGCUAUCAUAAAGAAGGGUGAUGUGUUGACUUACUUUGUGCUGAUGGGCAAUGACGUCAAUGUGACCAGACAUCCUCCUCAGAAGCUUUAUGUCACUGGUUCCAUAAUCAGCAAAUGCAACUGCGAGACAACUUCCGAGGACCCAGAUAUUGAUAUCCGGUUCCAAAACCGUCCUCCACAAACCGAAAAUAAUCGUCCCACCUUCGAGUCGACUUCCUCUACUCCGUUUGAUGAUUCCGAACAACCAACAGAAACUCAAUUCGACAUUAGCGAGAUUGCAAAGGCACAUCAGAAUGAUCUCUUCUCCGAUGAAGUUGGGUUCGAAUGUGAUCCGGAUCCGGUCACUAAUCUGUGCCGUUCGCCCAGGAGGCUGACGCAACCGCAGAAAGAUUUACAGCGGGAGGUCGAAAUCCUUGAAGGAGUUAUCGAUCAGAUGAAAAGUUCUUGUCCUACCAAACGGCUUCGAAGCAAUUCGUUGAUCCUUCGAGGAGUGCCGAUCAGAGCUCAGAGCGUAGAUGAGUUGCAGAGUUACGUGAAAUCGGCUCUCGCUGUGAGUCCUGAACUUCAACUGUUGGCUGGCGGCGUACAAAGAGUGAGACCUCUGAAGAACGAGAUCGUCUUUGAAGUGGGAAGCUACGUGGACAAACAGAAAAUUUUGUUCCUUGCUAAGGCCAACAACGUAAGACAGGUCGUGGACUAUGACUAAUUGAGAUUGUUACACGUUUGUAAGAAAUGUAAGAUUGAAAAUUAUACAAUUUAAUUAAAUUGA